GGCACACGUAUGUGUAACAGUUGGCGUAUCUUGCUUUUGAAAGUGCGAUGGAAAUUUUCUUUCAGUGUAAAAAUAGCCACCGUUCAAGUGUUUCACUCAAUUAACGUUUUAACAUUGUACAAUAAUUUAUUUUAUUAAAUUGAAAUUUAACUUUUCUUCAAACAACAGGCAAUAUUAUGAGUGACCGUAGAUUUGGAUUCAGCAGCCAUUUUCAAAACCGUUGUGCAUUAUGCCUGACUGAAGAUGACAGCAACAGAAACAUAGGUACUGCCGUUUGUCAACACAAUGCCAGUGUAGAGUCGGCACUACACUAUUUGCGUAACUAUGGAGCGCCAGUUAGUCCACCCUAUGCUUCGUACCAUAGCGGACACGAUGGGUCGACUACCACGCUACCGGCGUAUGGGGGAUCUCCACCUAUGUCGCCUAAUUACUACAAACUGGCUGAAUUUCUAUUGCGUAUGAAUCAAAUGCAAGAGAACGGUGGCCACCAAGUGCGCCAGCCGACUUCCAGACCGCCCAAACCAAAAUCUGAAUUGGGUUGUCUACGGGAAUGCGCGUUCUGCAAGAGCAACGGUGAAACUGCGGAGUUCUACAAAUCGCACUUCCUUAAAGACCCCGUUGGUCGAGUCAGAUGCCCUAUUUUGCAAAGAUAUCAGUGUCCGUUUUGUUAUGCGACCGGAGAAAAUGCGCACACUAGACGUUAUUGUCCGAAAAAUCCUAAUAAAAUGUGCUUUAUAAAGGGUGAACAAUUCGUUAAACAAAAUUUGCAAUGAGGUUAUAUUUAUUUAUAUGUUUAGUAGAUAUAAUAUAUAUUGUUGUUUUAGUAUAAAUAAUAAUUAUAGUAAUUAAUAAAAUAUUAAUUUUAUUAAUAAUUUUACGAAUAGAUAACUACAAUUAUAUUUAAAAAUAAUUUUACUUAAUUUAACAUGAUAUUUAUCAGUAUAAAUUUGAGUUUUAUUUUCUGAUCGCUUGUACACAAACUGUUUCAAUUGUUUUUAAAUUUUGUUCUAUUUGCAUGAAUGAAAAUAUUAUUUCAAAAUAUUAAAUAAUUAUUAAACAUUACAUUUACAUUAUUGCUUGUAAUGUUCUAUAUAUAAUUUGUGUUUUAAUUUAAUAAACAAUUUUAAUCAAA